GGCAAGUCUGACCAAAUAACACCGCAACAAUGGCCGGUCCUAGCAAAUCUCUGAUCCUUGACCCGGCCCUCCAGAAGUACUACGAGGUCAACUCAAACCGCUACAAGUACUUCCGCUGGACCCCCCGCACCGCAUGGCACUCGCUCCUAUACAUGGUUCUGAUCCCCGCUUCGUUGGGCUAUGUUGCCUACAAGUCUGAUGGCAAAUAUGACUUCCGUGGAAAGAGAAGGGGAGAUACCAUCGCCGAGUGGUAAAUGGAAGGAAGAAAGAGCUGGGCCUGUUAUGAGGUGUCUUUGAGUUACCUUGGCCGGAUGGUCAAUUUUUGCGGGACAUUGUAACUAUUACUAGAAUAUACCGCGUUAAGUUCGUGAAUUUUGUUUUUCGCGCUU